UCAGUGCUCCUGUGUUUCGUCUUCGCCACAGGGCAGGUUGUGCCAAAUUCAGAAAUCGGUAGGAUUACCAUACAAGUGCCGUUGCUGUCCAAUGGAAAGCCCGUGAUCGUGGCCAAUCAGGAUAGGGAGGAAGUGGCCACCGUGAAGGAGAUCAAGCCGGGAAAGGUCCAUGUUGUCCAGGAGGUAGUGGUUCCACCUACAGUCAAAUCGGAUAACAAAGUCCGGAUAGCCAGAUCUGUUUCGAGUUCGGGACAAUAUAAUCAAGCAAUUCCAAACCGAGGAAUACCUAAUGAUGGUAUCCCCAAUCCUGGAAUUCCAAACCACGGUAUCCCGAAUCCGGGCAUCCCCAACCAUGGAAUCCCGAAUCGCGGAAUACCUAAUGAUGGUAUCCCCAAUCCUGGUAUUCCAAACCACGGUAUCCCGAAUCCAGGCAUCCCCAACCAUGGAAUCCCGAAUCGCGGAAUACCUAAUGAUGGUAUCCCCAAUCCUGGUAUUCCAAACCACGGUAUCCCGAACCGUGGCAUCCCCAAUCAUGGAAUCCCGAAUCGAGGAAUUCCCAAUGAUGGUAUCCCCAAUCCUGGUAUUCCAAACCACGGUAUCCCAAAUCCAGGCAUCCCCAAUCACGGAAUACCCAAUCGCGGAAUACCUAACGAUGGCAUCCCUAAUCCUGGUAUUCCCAACCAUGGUAUUCCGAAUCCUGGUAUCCCCAAUCACGGAAUUCCCAAUCCUGGCAUCCCCAAUCCCGAGGCCUCCGAACUUAUGCCGGUCGUGGUAAUGCCACCAAGUCAGACCACCACCGCACCCGCUUCACCACCAACGGCCAAGCGAGUGCCAUCCAGGAAUUGCUUUCAUCUAUUGAUGGGAGGCAUGACAACCAUGUCCCCAGCGGGUAUGAUGACAAUGACUCCUCCACCGAUGGACAACUGCGAUGAGCUGUGCACAAAGCUCGAAUACUCGCCUAUUUGUGCCCACAACGGGAUCUGCAUCCAUGAGUUUGCCAAUCAGUGUGUGAUGGACACAUUCAAUUGCAGACAUCGAGAUUCGACUUUCCGUGCAGUGGACGAGGAGGUCUGCAGAAUGGGAGUUUGUAUGAGGCGGUGCGAGGAGGAGGAGUUGAAGCUGUAA